AUGCAGUACCCGGGUAUCCCUCGCAUCGUCAUUGAAGGUCUACGAGCAGCAUUCCUACUCCUCGAAGACGAUGCUCUUAAUCCACCAAUGAACGCCCCUGAUUUUUCACAACAACUCUCAGAAUCCCUCACCAACAGUCUCACAGCUCACGUCAUCGCGGCAAUCUCGCCUCAAGUCGCGGCCGUCUUAUCAGCCUCAGAACUAAUCAAGACAAAAGCAGAGGAAUUGGCACAGAUGAAAUUAAAUCUGAUGGGUUCUCAAGACACUCCAAAUGCGGCAGAAGAAGCAGCACAACGUGCAGAACGCGCGGCAGACGCAGUGCUCUACAGUAUCUCUGAUGUUAAAACUGCCAUGGAUUUACUAACUCCCUCCCUCAGUGCUACCCAGUCCAGCAUCGACAAAAUGUCUACUCAGCCAACUCCCAAUCAAACGGGUCCCACUCAAAUCGAAACAGUUAAAUCAUACAGUGCUGCAGUACAAUAA